AUGGCGCCGUCCCCGUGGGCUCCGGAGGCCAAGUCGGAUUGGAUGUGCAAGUUCUGUACUUUUCGGCGUACUGGUCUCCCUCUCAUCAAUUACGGCAGCAAUGAGAAGUGCUUCAAGUGUAAGGUACACAAGGGGCAAAGCUUCAAGUGUGUGGUUCCCGUCGACUCCCCGAGCCGCAGCACCAAGCGCAAGCCCCCUCCCAUUGGGGGAGAAUCCUCUGCCUUGGCCAAGCUGGAGAAGCGACUGCAGUCUCUGGAGGCCGAGAACCAGCGUUUGCGUGCGCCGCAGGAUGGUGGACAACAGUCGCAAGCGCAAGCAUCAGACCUCGUGUCAGAAGAGCUACGUGAUGAGAUUGACGGCCUGGUCAAGCAUGUGCAGUGGUUGGAGUCGGUCAAGUUACCAUGGGCCGCUCAGCCUUUACAGGCGGCUCGUGACCAGCUCGAGGCAUCUCGCCGCAAGUUAUACGAGAAUAAGCCCCUUCCAGCGAAGCUUACGGCUCUUUCGAGGCGAGCUGAGCAGGCCCGUCAGCGUCUUCAGAAGGCAGAGGCGCACAAGCUGGAGGCAGACAAGGCGUUGGCAGCAGCUCAGAGCCAAGUGGAUUCAGCAAUCCAGGCGCUGGAGGAGCGCAAGAAGGCUGUUGAAGACCUCGACGAAGAGCUACGCCAGCUAUCGUCGCAGCCUGGUCAGGCUCCGAUGGCGGUGGAUCUCACGGGGCCCGAGAUAUACCUCAGCGAGUCCAAGUUGGUGGAGUGCUUGGGCUCGAUGGACGGCGUCGCCGACGCCAGCAAGCUGGCACCCAUGCUGGUGGAGGCGCUCAAGUCGCGGGCAGCUGAGCUCUUCUCGCAGCCGCCCGAGAAGAAGCAGAAGACGCAGGAGGCAGGGGUGGCGCCGCCCACUCCAGGCCGCGCUGAGCCUGACAAGCCUGCCGAAUGGAACCAUCAGGACAUGGACGUGGAGGCCCUGCGCAAGGACGUGGCUGACUUCGUGGAGGCGAGUGUGGAGGAGGCCAUACUGCGCGAGAAGGCGAAGCAGCUGGCAGCAGGCCUCUCGGCUCACGCCUGCAAGUAUGGUGGUGCAACUUUUCCAGACUAUUCUGAGCUCAAGUUGUGUGAGUAUCGCCAGCAGGACAUUGAGACCGAGAGCACAGUUGCCCCAUCUUCCACUGGAGUGGUAGGGGACUCGUCUUCGUCCCCGUGGUCGCAGCCUUCUUCGAGUUCGGCUCAGGAUGCGGCUCAGGCACUUCGUUGGGCAGCUGAUUUUGAGGCUCCUUCGUCGAACCAGCACCAGACGGAGUUCACGCUCGUUACUUACAAUGGCAACACGUGGACCACUGUUCAGACUUUCCUGGAAUGGCUGGUGUUUGAUAAGUAUUUGCAACCAGAUGUACUCCACGUGCAAGAGCAUCGCCUCAGAGGAGGCGACCAAUUAAAGAGUGCUCAAUCUUGGUCGCAUGCUCGUGGGUAUCGUUUUCUCGCCAAUGGCUGCCAGAUCACUGGAAGCACGGCGACGUCGACCUCGAGCGGCGUGGGUGUGCUCAGCCUCAACAGUCUGCCGAGCGUCCCCUAUGUGCCUCAUGGGGAGUACGCCAAGUCUCGCAUGUUUUUUCAAAGAACGGUGAUUGGCAGCAUGCAGAUCCUACUUGCCUCUGUGUAUGGCAUCACCAGUGUUGGCCAGUCUGGGAACUUGGAGCUCUUCGCCUCUCUGAUCCAAGUCCUGCGCGAGUCAUGUCUACCCUUUAUCGUGGCUGGAGACUGGAAUGUGGAGUCAGAGUGUUUCGGGCGGGACACGUUUCUCAGAGCUGGAUUUCUUGGUCACCUCCAUGCGGAGAUUGUUCACGGCGGCCGCCCUACUUGCAAUGAGUCGCACUACGACUACUACAUCGUCAGCGACAUCCUGCUGCCCUUCAUCAGGAGCGUGGGUGUGAUCGACGACACCCCUGUGGGCCCACACAGGGCCGUGGUGCUGAG